UUCAACUACACAAUGAAAUCGCACCAGGCUUGGCCCGAGCCGGUUGAAGAAACCACGUCAGUAUACGCAUGCAUGAGCCAAACUGUUGAACUUUUUCUCGAGUCUGCGGAGUGAUAUUAAGUGGUGCUCGGAUAUGUUCAACUUCCGUAAACACGCACCAGCCAAUCAGCCCCUUCUCGUUAUUCCGUCCGUGCAUGCAUGUGGCCCGCGCUUAAAAAUUGCUGUCCCGACACUCCAAGUCAUAUAAAUUGGGCUCUAUCCAUCCAAAGUCCUCUUGUCUCAGUCCCCGUCUCAUCGUCAUGUUUACCAGAUGCUUCCUACCCCAUUGUCCAUGUGAAUCUACGAGCCCGCAGAACUCCGUCAUUAUAGACGUCGAGCCAAGCGCUGCCGUUAACGCGCGGAAUGCUGAGGUAGCCCUCGUCUAUCGCUGCUGCUGGGAUACCCAGCAUUCUGCAUGCGGAAUGUUCAUCCAAGGCUCUUCGAGGGAUAUUCUCUCGCAUCUUCGGGAACGGCACGGUAUCGUGCACACCGCCGACGCGGACCUUGAAUGUCGCUGGAGUUCAUGCUCGAUGGACAAACGUCUGAAAAUGAGCAGUAUCGCGAGGCACAUCGAGAGGCAUCUGGGCAUUCAGUUCAGAUGCUCGCGAUGUGGACUCACGGCUCGUGACGACGUCGUUCGCGACCAUAUCAGAAGGAAUCCUGGCUGUGCUGACGCUGCAGUACAGCUUGUUCCCGGUUCAGGAGCUCGGCUGAUAGUCUCAGCGUAAUCUUUCAGGGUGGGCGCAAUGAUUUGACUUUUAGACAAC